AUGAACGACAACCUCAAGUCGAUGGCCCGGUAUCCUGAUGGGCCGGUCGGGGAUUCGGCGCAACAUGCUGAUGCCAGAUCAAAUGGUGUAUCACAGACCCAUCAGCAUCUAUCAGUGCUCAAUGGCCCUGUCAAAUCCGUGGGCCCGAUGAUCUCAACUAAAGAGUUACCUCUCCGGGAUCGAUCUGAUCGAUCAUCGUCAUCCUCAGCCAGCAGUUCCAGCCCUGGCAAGUCACAGAAAGAGGGAGCUAUGCAGUUCUGUCUCUGCCAACCGGAUCCGAAGAUCCCCCGGCCACGUAAUGCGUUUAUCCUGUAUCGUCAGCACUAUCAGGCUAUGGUCGUGGCUCAUAACCCUGGUCUAGCAAAUCCCGAGAUCUCCAAGAUCAUUGGAGAGCAAUGGCGGUCUCUGUCCGAAGAUGACAAGAGUAAAUGGAAGGCACUUGCCGAGGAAGAAAAAGCUCGUCAUCAGCAGCAGUACCCCGACUAUCGGUACCAGCCUCGACGGUAUGGUCGGGAUGGUAAUCCACGUAAUGCUGCUUCAGGGAUUGGUCACAAUCCAACGGGCUCGUCCACCUGUAACCGAUGUGGUGGUCGCCUUAUGAAUGCACCUGCUUCUCCCAUGACUCCAUUCACACCGAGCAGCGCCACCGCUGGCUCUGGGUAUAGAUCAGGCAGCUUCUCAGCAGCUUCACCACACCCUAAUACGACACCAAGAAACCGCGAAAAGGACUCAUAUCCAGUGCAAAAAAGCGUCAAGAUGGACCAAACUGAUUCACGGUCUCGCCCGAGGCAAUGGGAAGAGAACGGUGGCUGCUCCUCAGACAACAAGCGCCGCCGGAUAUCCCAUGCCCACGCCCAUCCCCCAGCACACGCACCGUUCAAGCCAAGCUUACACUCCUACCAAGACCGGAGCCCCGAGGCUCCAAUGACCCCAUGGAGCGCUCGGCCAGACAUGGCACCACGUCACCUCCCCAUGCUUCAACCACAACGCCAAUAUAGUAGCAUCCCAGGCACACCACACCCAGACCCAAGUCUGAAACUCCCACCACUCCAAACCGCGACAACCCCAAUCAUGGCCCCAAUGACGCCCUUCCUAUUAGAAGACACCAGCGUCGAAGCCACAGUCAUGACAAUCCCCUUCCUGAACAAGAUCAAAGUCCUCGCCAAAAUCUCCCCACCCCUGGUCCCCUCCUUCCGCGAAGGCAUCCCGCCAGCCCGCGGCCCCGUCAUCGCCAUCGACGGCCAAGACCCAGACCUCGUCCAAUCAGCUGUCGAGUACCUAGAAAUCCUUCUAAAAAAGGAAUCUAAGUACCACAUCCGCGUCUUCGACGGUCCAGAGAUAAAAGCACCUCGCCCAAUCGCCGCUGACGCAAACCAAGGCCAAGGCCAAAUGGGCGAUGCAACAGUCGACUACCUCAACACAAUUUCCGCCUGGCACCGCAUCUCCGACGAAGUCGUCGGCUUCGUUAAAUCCGUCUCGAGAGCGGGUUCCGUCGACGCUCACUCAAUAACCACAGACGAGGAAUCCGGUCCAAACGUCUCACCUAGAACCCUCAUCCCAAAGACUGCAAAUCUUCAAAUCAACUCGCCCGCCCAAUCCAGCGAUCAUGGCUCAGAGGGUAGCGUCGUGUCAGCCGUUACAACAGGGAGCCAUUACUCCGUGCCUAUCGCGCUGGUGCCACGCUAUCAGCUCACGACAGCAGAUGCGUUCGCGUGCUCCACGCCCAUUGGCGAUUCCUAUGCGCCGCUGGAUCACUGGCAGUGGAUGGCGUCACUGUGGCGGGCGUGUGUUGGGCCUGAUAUCACGGUCUAUGUGCGUGAGUGUGGGAAGGAGGAGCUUGAUCGCAUGGGGGCUGUUGAGGUGCGGUUGCAGGAUGCGCGGACUGUUGUGUUGAGGAAGGUUAUUGGGAGGGAUUUAGAGGAUAAGGUUCUUCGGCGCAUGGGCUUUGAGAUUGAGGACUUUUUGACUCAGUGA